AUGGUCUCAGGCUCAGCAGCUAAUGAGACUCCAGUCAGGGGAUCAGUAUCUGGCAGGUGGGGCGCUUGUCGACUCUUUGCUUGUGGAAUGAAUGCUGGGAUGAUCCUGGGAAUUUACGCAGAGUACCUUUGGGCUGCUGACUGGCUGGAGUUGCCAAAGCAAUGCAACUUCCGAAGUGAGCUUCCUUGGCUCGAAUUGGCUGAUUGCUUCCACCGCUACACCUUCUCGCAUGCAAUGCUCCGUGGGCAGAACCUCUCAAUCUUUGCAUAUAUUGGCAGCAUUGUUGUGGCGUGCUUGAUCAUGGCAGAGAAACAGCGAAAAGUGAGACUGACCAAGCUGUUACAGGCCAGGCUGCAUGGUGAUCCCACACCCUCGACGGCACAAGUUGCCGUGCAUCGCUCCCUGAACUUUUUAUCCAUCUACUCCAGCUUGCUGUGUGUGGCCCUCCCUGGUGUGCUUCUGCUCGUACCCUUUAACUUGAGUUGGCCGCGGAUGCACUACGGUUGCACUGUCCUGGCGCUGUCUUCGUUUGUUGUUGGGAUGAUUCUCUAUGCCACCAUGCCACUUGGCGCUGCUGCAGGCGAGGAUGACAAUGAGCUCAGCCGGUGGGCAGAGCGGCAUGCACGACUCCGUUUCAAGGUGUGGUGCAUCGUGGCUUUGCAUCUUGGUCUGCCAGCUGCUGCUGGAUUACAUCACCUUCUGUGGCUUGAUGUGACUGGAAGACUGUUUGGAUUUUGCGAAGUGAUGGCCAUCCUCUCAUAUCAGUUCUUCCUCGCUUCAUUCUCCGCCGAUGAUUUUGCUGCAGACCCAGACAGGGGUCGGAGCAUUGUCAGUAAAGCUCUGCCACAAACCUCCCCUGCUCCUGGAGAUUUGGCAAAUGUAUUUGGACAUAGUCAAUAG